GACAUGUCAGCCGCCGGCGCCCGAGGCCUGCGGGCCACCUACCACCGGCUCCUGGAUAAAGUGGAGCUGAUGCUGCCCGAGAAACUGAGACCGUUGUACAACCACCCGGCAGGUCCCCGCACAGUUUUCUUCUGGGCUCCAAUUAUGAAAUGGGGAUUGGUGUGUGCUGGAUUGGCUGACAUGGCAAGACCUGCAGAAAAACUCAGCACAGCUCAGUCUGCUGUUUUGAUGGCUACAGGGUUUAUUUGGUCAAGAUACUCCCUCGUAAUUAUUCCAAAAAAUUGGAGUCUAUUUGCUGUUAAUUUCUUUGUGGGGGCAGCAGGAGCCUCUCAACUCUUUCGCAUUUGGAGAUAUAACCAAGAACUAAAAGCUAAAGCAAACCAAUAAAAGAGUUCCUGACCACCUGAACAAUCUAAAUAUGGACAUAACCACUGGGACC